AAAAGAAAAAGGAGGAUCAAACGAGUAGAACAAAAAUUUAAUUACGGAGUAACAAAAAAUACAGAAGAGUCCGCUUCUCCAUUUCGCCGCCGUUUGCUCGUCUGUGUCUUCAAACGACGACGAAAACCUCCGGUUAGAAAGCGCUUUAUCGGCCGUCGCUUCUGCUCCACUUGGGCUGUUAUUCUCUCUCCUCAACUCGCCGGUUAUAGGGGUAUUACUGCCUUCAGUGGGAUUAUUGGAACCUCGUCGUUUUCGGCUUUUCGGGUAUAAUGGGAAGAGGGAGGAAGAAUUUGAAGAGGGAGGUGGAAGAGGACGACUUCACUCUUCAACAGGGUCAAAGUAUUAUGCAAGUUGUGUCCCUUCGAGGUUCCAAUCUUAUUGAGGUAACAGAUGGAAAAGGUGAGAAGUCCUUGGCUCUUUUUCCCGCCAAAUUUCAGAAAAGCAUGUGGAUAAAGAAUGGGAGCUUUGUUGUUGUCGAUGACAGUGGUAAAGAGGAGGCUCUUGAGUCUGGUAGUAAGGUGGGAUGCAUCGUAUCCCAAGUUCUCUUCCAUGAUAAAGUUAGGCGUCUUCAAAAAAGCUCUGAUUGGCCAGAAGCCUUCAAGUCACAAGCUAUUGACAGCUCCACUAGAAAUUCCCCAAGACCUGUUUCUGAACAGGAAGCAGAAGAUUCAGGCUCAAGUGAUGAUGAUGGACUUCCACCACUUGAAACGAACAUGAAUAGAAGGAGGCCGUAUGACUUGCAUUCAGGAUCAGCAUCAAAUUCUGAUGCAGAUAGCGACACUAAUGAAGAGUCUUAGACAUGUAAUUCUGGUAAUUUCUUUGUAGCUUUUAGAUGUUAUAGUCAGGCACUUGCACGAACAAUUAUCACUACUCUAUAUUCUCUCUCAAAUCGUGCGCAGAAAUGCUUCUAAGCAAUUUUUGUAGAGUCAUCUAUGUGAUAUUGAAUAGAUCCAGGUGGUACAUGUUAUUCAGAAUUUCAGAUAACUGUAAAGUGAACUCCAGUGCUACUGAUAGUUGUGUUUAUUUUGCUAUUAGUAUGCUGUUAUUUUCA